AUGUUAAAAUUGAUCAAGUUGAGUAAUGUUGGUUUAAGUCGAAGAGCGACAAUAUUUGUAGGAGGGAUGACUUGUAUUGGUCUUUAUAGUGCAGGUUAUCAAAGAUUUAAGAAAGCUUAAUAUGCUUCUCUGUACGAAAACUUAGAAUUAAAAUAAGUAAUUGAAAUUGAUCUAUUUAAGGAUUAUCAAUAAGAAUAUUUAAGGGGACAUGUUCAUAGUGUUAAUGGGUUUUGGAGUAGGAUGAUUUAUUAUGGAAAAUUGUAAUUAAGAUUUCUGCAAUUGAUCCUAACUUUUACUCCUCUUGUUGUAUUUUUUCCUUUCGCCUUACUUUUCAAAUCAUGGUUGUAUAAGCAUUGGCUAAGGCUUUUAAUUAAAUCAUUAGAAUUAGCUGGGCCAUUAUGGAUGAAAUUGGGAUAAUGGGCAAGUCACAGGGGAGAUGUGUUUGGUUAUGAAGUGACUUCAGAGCUAAGUAAGCUAAGAGAUUCAGCGACGCCUCACAACUACUACUAUACUAAAAAAUAGUUUGAAGAAGAAUUUAAGUAGAAGAUUGAAGAUGUUUUCGACAGUUUCGAUACAAAUCCAAUAGCAUCAGGAUCAAUAGGUUAGAUUCAUUUAGCUUAUAAAAAUGGUGUAAAAUAUGCAGUGAAGGUUAGACAUCCGAGAAUAGUAGAGAAGCUAGAAUUAGAUCUAAAAAUUUUAUAUGUGAUAUCAAAUAUUUUAAGUUCAACUCAACAAAUUUUUAGGAGAUUAGCUAUGCCAGUAACAUUUUAAGAGUUUAGCGUUACAUUAAUGAAUUAGGCAGAUCUUUCAUUUGAAGCAAAGAAUCUUCAGAUUUUUGAGUAAAAAUUUAAAGAUUCAAAAAAUGUCAUAUUUCCAAAAAUACUCAAAGAAUAUGUCUCGAAAAGUGUAAUAGUCGAAACCUUUGAAGAAGGAGUGUCCUUGUCUAACUUUAUGAAAUUGGAAAGAACAAGAGAGCAUAGAGUGGCAGCUAACUUAGGACUUAAAGCGUUUUAUAAAAUGUUAAUAUAUGAUAAUUUUAUACACGCUGAUCUUCAUUCUGGAAAUAUUUUAGUUAGGAUUAAAGAUAACAAUACUUCAAAAUUUGAUAAUUUCAAAAAUUUAUUAGAAGAGGGAUUUUAUGACUUAGUUGAGUAUGCUGCUGAAUUGAUUGUACCACUCUUUGAAAAGUUCAUAUUAAAGAAACCAUUAAAGGUUUCAAUAUUGGAGAAAGAAAAAAUAUUUGAUGAAUAGCAAUUUUGGAACUUUUUGAGAUAGACCAACUAAAAUUAAAAAAAUUUAGAUUUGAUAUUUAUUGACCCAGGUAUGGUUACGAUAUUAAAUCAAAAUGAUAGAAUAAAUUUCAUAAAAAUAAUAAUGUUUGUUGCAUUAAGACAGCCAAAGGAGUGUGGUCAAUUGAUGUUGAGUUUGGCAUCAUAUAACACCUAGUUGAAAGAAGAGAAGAAAUAAAAGUUCUUAAAAGACAUUGAAGAUCUAUUUGGAGAGGUUUGUAAUGCCCCCUUAUCUAAGAUGGAUUUAGGGUCAAUUUUCAAAGGCAUGCUCGAAAUUUUAAGAUCCAAUGGACUUGCUGUAGAGGGUCAUUUUGCUACAUUAUUGACCAAUAUGAUGAUUUUAGAAGGGAUUGGAAAAGAAUUGGAUCCCAAAAUCAACAUAGUUUCCAAAGCAGCAUCUUUUCUUCUCCAAAUAAGAACAAUUGAUAGUACAAUAAAUGAAUUAAUGAAUAUUUCAUAAUGA